GUCAGGGGUUGACAGUCUCCGUCUCCACACAGUCGUGGAAGGAGUGUGGCGGCUAAGCUAACUGCAACCAUCGUAACUAGCUACAUGUGGAGGGUAAAACGGGAGGCAUCCCCGACCCCAACUCUUUCCAAAUUCUCACCUUUUACCCGAAACAACUCCAGAGUUCACCCUCUUCGAAAACAACGGAUAUCACGUCUCUAAAAUGAAAGGUAGCCGGAUCGAGCUGGGGGACGUUACGCCCCACAACAUUAAGCAGCUGAAACGCCUGAACCAGGUCAUCUUCCCCGUCAGCUACAACGACAAGUUUUACAAAGAUGUGCUGGAAGUUGGAGAGCUUGCAAAGCUAGCGUACUUCAAUGACAUUGCAGUGGGUGCUGUGUGCUGCAGAGUGGACCACUCUCAGAACCAGAAGAGACUGUACAUCAUGACACUUGGCUGUCUAGCACCCUACCGUAGACUUGGAAUUGGUACAAAGAUGCUAAAUCAUGUGCUAAAUAUCUGCGAGAAGGAUGGCACUUUUGACAAUAUUUACCUUCAUGUGCAGAUCAGCAAUGAGUCAGCCAUUGACUUUUACCAGAAGUUUGGCUUUGAGAUUAUUGAGACAAAGAAGAAUUACUACAAGAGGAUAGAGCCUGCAGAUGCCCAUGUGUUGCAGAAGAGCCUGCGCAGUCCUUGUGCACCACCCAGUGGAGAGCUUCAGAAGUCAGAGUAGGGGCACAACGUUUGGAAAAGGCACUGAUGUUGCCAUCUCCACAUAAACAGAACUGUGACAAAUGCCCCAGGAUUCAACACUUUCUUUAAAGGACGCUAAAAAGAGAAAACAAAAAUUUCAAACAUAAAAGUUGCUGCAUUUAUUUUGCGAGGGGAUCCCCUGUUAUUUUUGCAUAUCUUAUUGCCCAGUUAAUUGACAUUGACAAAAAAACUUAGCAUCCAAUAGUGCUCCUGAUGACACAGUUAACAAUUUCUGACAGUUGUAGACAUGGUGAAGGGGCAAAGGUUUGGUGUUUGCAGAUUACAUUGUGUUUUAUGUGGUUAUUAAAGGGGAUAGAUCUAUCAUGAUGAGCAAAAGAAAACAGUUGGUUUGAAAGGGAAAGGAAAAAGUGUUUGAAAGACCAUCACUGACACACACGCAGUUCCAGCUGGUCAGUUUGGAGUGAUACUUUGAGUUGUUUUGUGGAACAGACCCAACUCUCUUCCUGCACCACCUGAACCUUGGGACUCAUGAGAAAUGAGUGACCAGUUUGUUGUAUCCAGAUGGGAAAAGCAGAAAUGUGUCCCCUCAGUACAGGGAUAAGGAAAGCUUGACGGUUUUGUGGCAGUGGGAAGAUGCAUUCACCACUCUUAAUUUUUAAAUAUUUUCCAGCCUGUUAUUUAAUUCCCCCCUCUCAACUAUUCUGUUAUUUUUAUUUUCUACAUUGAGAUGGCAAAUGGUUCAGAGGUUCUCCUGGGUUUACCAUAAAAAGUGAAAAUAUAAAGGAAAGAGAGAACCAAAUCAAUAUUGUAUUGAAUGUGUUAUGAAUAACAUCAGAGAUUGGAUUUGGGCAUUAUUUUCAGUCGUAUAAUGAAGGUGGUGAGGAUACGUGUCUCUAAAUACAAAGUGUUUUGAGACAUAAUACCUGAAACACCUUUGGCACCUUAUGUAGCCAUCUUACAACAUUGGUCUUCUCAAAUGUCCUGCAUCAGUGAGCUUCAGUUAUUACACACACUUUCAGCUGAAAGUUUUGGAGUUUUGCUAUGAUCUUACCCAGAGGAAGCUCUGACACCUCUGCAUGCAAGGAGAGUUGUGUCCUCUCCGCUGUAGUAUACGCAUGUUUUCAUUUCUUUGGAGAAUUUUAUCUUUUCUGGAGCUCUAUAUUGUAAGACUUUUUAACGUCUAAAUAAAGAAAUUACUAUUUGCAGUAAA